AUUGCGACCCAAACUUAAGAUGUACGUUUGUACAAAACAUAAUAAAAUCCGAUCUUUAAUGUAUUGAGUGUAUAUGCUUAACUAGCUGAAAUUGAUUCUAAGCACGCAUGGUGUACGUUUUGGCUUCUCCGGCACACGGUUGUGUUGGUUGCCACUUUAUUGAUCAUAAUUGAUUUUAUCGCCGACUCAAGAUUGCUGAAAAAUUAUAAACGAUUCGGAAUUCGCAUUUUGGCUCAUCGAAAGUCGCGAAAGCAAUGGGGGGCAAUAAGAGUAUCAUAACGAACGAACAGCUAGCCGAGUAUGCAGAGUUAACGUAUCUCAACAAAUCGGAAAUAAUAUACAUUCUGCAGAAACUGCUUGCUCUCGACGGCGGACGCAAUUUUUCCCUCACGAAGCGUUUCCCGGAGCGAGACGUGGUGGAUUUGUUUCCCCAGUUGAAGCAUAACCCCUUUCGUGAUCGACUGUUGCACGUGUUUUCUUCGGAAAGUGAUGAGCAGUUUUCUUUCGAGGAUCUGCUGGACAUGUUCAGCGUGCUGUCGGACAAAUGUCCCCUCACAGUGAAGGCAACGUGGGCCUUUCAGAUUUAUGAUUUCGAUAACGACAAUCUGAUCACGAAGGAAGAUAUAUUGCAGCUAUGCGAUCGUAUCACAAAGCAUGAUCAUCUGGAGCAGGAGGAAAAAUCGAGCAUCGCGGACCUACUGCUGAAAGAAAUAGAUCUACAAAACAAUGGUAAUAUAGGAGAAUUUGAGUUUGUCCAUGCUAUGUGCAAGAUGCCGGAAUUUCAUCAAACAUUUUCCUGCCGUGUAUAACGGUUCCAUGGCAUUGCUACGAUGCGGAGAAUUGUCAUCAUAAUUUAAAAUUCAGAAGAAAAAAAAUGUUAUACAGAACUCCAAUAAAUCGACACGAGCGAUGUGUGU